AAAAGAUGAGCGUUCGAAGGUGAGUGGGAGCGAAGGCGAAUUGGAGCCCCGCCCGUGUUCUGUGCUCUCUCCCUACUUCCCCUCGACUUCGAAUCCCUCGUCCUGUCGCCCGGAUCCAUCCCUGGCAUAAUGGGGAUCGCCUCCCAGGACGCCGUCAAGCAGCUCUCCGCGCUCAUCGGCCAAGUGGACGAGCCGUCGAAGAUCACAUUUCAGAAUAUCCAUCAGGGCUAUCCAACUGAAACUUUGGUGCGCUUUCUUAAAGCUAGAGAGUGGAAUAUCUCUAAAGCACAAAACAUGCUGGUGGACUGUUUAAAUUGGAGGAAACAAAAUCAUAUUGAUGAUAUUUUGGCUAAACCUAUAAUUCCAGCUGAUUUAUAUAGAGGGAUUCGUGAUUCACAACUUAUAGGAAUGCCAGGAUACACAAAGGAUGGUCACCCUGUUUUUGCAAUAGGCGUUGGCCUUAGCACAUACGAUAAAGCAUCAGUGAACUACUAUGUGCAGUCACAUAUUCAAUUGAAUGAAUACCGGGAUCGUGUAAUUUUGCCUGCGGCAACUAAGAAGUAUGGGCGGCAUGUUGGCACAUGUGUUAAGGUUUUAGAUAUGUCUGGCCUGAAGCUUUCAGCAUUAAGUCAAAUAAAGUUAUUGACCAUCAUAUCUACCAUCGAUGACCUAAACUACCCAGAGAAGACGGAAACUUACUAUAUCGUUAAUGUUCCAUAUGUAUUUUCGGCUUGUUGGAAGGUUGUGAAACCUCUCUUGCAAGAGAGGACAAGAAGGAAAGUGCAGGUACUGCAAGGUUGUGGAAGAGAUGAGUUGUUGAAAAUAAUGGAUUAUGCCUCUCUUCCCCAUUUCUGUAAGAGAGAAGGUUCUGGUUCAUCUCGGCACUCGUCUUCUGGAUCCGAUGACUGCUUCUCCUUUGACCAUCCCUUCCACCAGCAGCUCUACAGCUACAUCAAACAGCGAGCACCGAGCCGAGAAUUCAUCGCACCAUUGAAGCAAGGAUCUUUUCACGUAGACGUGCCUGAGCCAAAUCCCGAGGGAAUCAAGAUUGCUAAGACCAUCGAGUCAGAGAUGCACAAGUUGGAAGACUGCAAUGGACUCGGCCGCUCUUUGAGUGGUCUCAAGAUUUAACAGUGCAUCAAUCUCUCCUCUCCUGAUCUGCUCACACCCCUAGUGCAUCGCAACAAAAGAUCAUUCGGUAAACCAGCUGUUGUUUUUUUCUUUUUCCUUUUUUUUUUUUUUGUUUUUUCAAAUUGAUCUUUCUUACCCAACUUACUUGGGAUACACUGGCAAGUCCUUGCAAUCUCUCGAUGCAAGUUUAAUAGGAAGUUGAAUAGUGGAUUUACUAAAGCAUAUAUAAGGAAGAGAAAAAGCUGGACACUCUAUGCAAUCUUAUAUUCUCGUAGAAUAUGAAUAUUUUUUCGUUUGUCA